UCUCCCAAAAAAGUUGGUGAUGACAUCGCCAAGGCCACGGGGGACUGGAAGGGGCUGAGGAUCACGGUGAAGCUCACCAUCCAGAACAGGCAAGCUCAGAUUGAGGUUGUUCCUUCUGCCUCUGCUCUGAUUAUCAAAGCUCUAAAGGAGCCUCCUCGUGACAGAAAGAAGCAGAAAAACAUUAAGCACAGUGGCAGUGUCAGCUUUGACGAGAUAGUGAACAUUGCGCGGCAGAUGCGGCACAGAUCCCUGGCUCGAGAGCUCUCGGGGACGAUCAAGGAGAUUCUUGGAACUGCCCAGUCUGUGGGCUGCAGCAUCGAUGGCAGGCACCCACAUGAUAUCAUUGAUGACAUUAAUAACGGUGCAAUUGAGUGCCCAGCUAGCUAAGACUGCAGAAAAGAAGUUGCCAUAUGAAGGCUCCUUAAGUUUUUUGUAGCACCUUAAAUACUCAAUAAAAGACCCAGUUGUCUGC